AUGGUCACCUCCCCAUCACCUUCGAGCUCACCACGAGCUUACAGCCCUCCACCUGCUCCUGAAGUUCAGAUCGCUGGACCGCAAUCACCUGCAAUGAUCGGUGAACCCGGACCUACGAUCCCAGAACCUGAAGACACGGCAAAGCUCGAUCAAGGAGCAACGAGGAGGAUCCGCCCUGGCACAAAGGCAGCCGAUAUGGCAUCCGGUCCACCUUUGGUCCCCCUGAAUCAACUCGAUUCGCCCUUUCAGCUGCAGGAGCACCUCAAAGCACUUCACUACGAGUACACCCGCUCCAAAACUGAUCCCACAGCAACCGUGUCCCUCACCCACGAAACAGCCUUGCUCAUAGCCACCCCACCUCCCAACAUCGACCGCUCGCUCUGGCUCUACGAACUCACUCGCUUCCUUACCCAGCACGCCAACGAUCUCCUCGUCGCACUCCUGACCAAGAUCGACCCAGCCUGCUCAGCAGCCUCAUGUCCCGAGAUGCGUGCAUCAGAGUGGCAAUACCUGUGCGCUGUACAUGAUACACCCAAAGCCUGCUGCGCGGUCGACUACUGCAUCCACACUCUCGACUGGGCAGGUGACAUACUCACCUCCGUCAAGCUUUUUCCAAGUCGUAUGACGCUUGGCCCGCCAGACAGUCCUAGCCAUCAGACCGCCGUACGCAACAUCACGAACAUCAUGAGGCGCGUCUACCGCAUCUUUGCCCAUGCAUGGUUCCAGCAUCGUGAGGGCGUGUUCUGGCCCGUUGAGGCAAGUGGAGGGAUCUACACGCUAUUCAAGACCGUCUGCGAUGUUUACGGGCUCAUCCAAGAGGACAAUUACACCAUCCCGCCUGAGGCCGAGGGGUUGCCAUCCAAAGAGGAGAUAGAGCACGAUCGUCAAGAGAAGGCUGGGAUGAAGAAGACAGGCGAUGAGGAGGGUGAGGAGGAUGCUACCGCUCUUCAGAUCGCGGGCGCGACUACGAGACGUCAUAAGAACACACCUUCUGUUGGUUCGGCUGUCGGUACUAUUGCCGAAGGCGAGGAAGAUGAGUCGGAGUCGCCUGUCAAAGAGAAGGCUGGGCCACUGGCUCAAAUUUCUAAUGCGGCGGAGAAGAAGGAUGGUGUGCCAGGAUCUGCGGGGAGCGGAACGGCUGUCGGGGAUGCAAUGAAGGAGGAGAACAUUGCGGGGAUGGUGAAGGAAGGUGAGGAUAGCGGAGAUACGCCUGAAGAUGACGGGGAUGAUACCGCUUCAGUGGUCACCGCUAUCCACGACGAUACGGAGGAGAAGGCAGAGAAGGAGUGA